AUGCCUACCAAUCCAUCCAACAUCCAGGCUGCUCAACUCAAGAAGCUUUAUGAAGACAGAGCCAAAUUGAACAAGAUGAUUAGUAUGCUUGAGGGCAAUUCAAGCAAUGAGAAUCCAGUUGUACCAAACCACACUGUGCAACUCUUAGGCUUCACGGACUUCAAGAAACCAGGGCCUAAGGAGAGUUUCAAUGUACAGGCGGAGCUCAGGAACAUUGCGGUUAGCCAGGGGGUAGAUACCCGGCUUAGUAUCAACAACCAGCGUACUCAACAAUCCAUUGCGGACACAGUGACUCAGAUGAUCAUAUCACAACCCAAGAUACAGCAGAAGAUCUCCGACCCAGAUUGUUUCACACCAGCGUCAAGAUCCAAUAAGAAUGAGAACAAGGACACAGGUCGAGAGAUGACAGAGCCAGGGGAAACCAAGAACCAAGCUACAGCACCAGCAACGGUGAACAGUAGUUCAAGCUCCAACCAGAAGUUACGACGGCCAAAGGAGAAGCAAGCAAGCCGGGUCGUGGAUGAAGAUGAGGACACGGAGCCUCCGGUUCAGGCAACAGCAUCAAGCAAUGUCAAGAGCCAGGAACAAAUUAUUCCCAACAACGCUGAAGUAAACCUGGAUAGCACGGCCAACCGCGGAGGACCUCCACAGCAUCCAGGAGCCCAAUUGGUCAUCCCAGCAAAGUCGCCGUUUGCUCCGCAAGAGGAUGAUAUGGACUUGGACGAGGGAGAAGAUUGCAAAAUAACCACUUGGAAGAAGAACAAGGCAACAGCGUCUUGCAAGCGCAAAGCACGAGACGAUGACGCUGUAUCCGAGGUUGAGAUACCUGCACCAAAGAAGGGGAAGGGGGAAACUGUUGCUGCCCUAAAGACCCUGGCUCGCACAAAACUUAUCAAAAUUUCAAAACGCCAUUACCCGCCUCCCCACUACACGCUGCGCGUGUUACCCAAGCCAAAACACUUUCCCCCUGUUAUGUCAAAGGCGGAGAUCAGGAAAGCAGCUACAAACAAAGCUGCUGCAACACGAGCCGCCAACAAGAAGGCAAAGGAAGAUCAGGACAAAGUAAAGGGUCAUAACAAAUCAAACGCACGUAAAGGGAAGAAGUAG